AUGCUAGAGAAGCUGGACGCCAUGAAUUCUCGAUUGAAUUCCCCUGUUCGCUCUGCUGAAGCGAGCCCAUUGGGGUUCUCCGACCAGGAAACUGAGCGCUCUUCGAUCCUUCUCCUGGAGUUACAAUCUCCUAUUGAAACAGCGUGGCCGGAUUUAAUGUCACGGUUGGAGAAGCUGAGGACAGGAAGGUACCUCUCAUACAAGAACGGGACACGGCGAGUUUUGAGACCGGUCACCGUCGUUAUUUCAAGCACAGACCUACCUUAUCUGGAUCGAACCAACGUUGGAGAAUCAGACGUUAUUUUCUUUGACACCUCACUGAAAUCGUUGACUCGAACGCAUUACACAGAAGGUGGUGAGGGAACCGAUGGCGACAGCGAAGCCGCAAACCAUGGUAGAAAAGCCGUUCUGGCAGGGAGCGUUAUGGCAACUGCCGAUUUCCAAGCAUCUGUCGGCCUCCCCCGUCGCGGUCGAUUCUCCAAAGAGCAGAUUGAGUUGAUUCGGGCUCAAGUGCGUGCUGCUCACCAGCAUGGACUGCUGGCACGUUAUACCGGCAUUCAGUGCCACCCGCGGCGAUUGCGCAGGUUGAUCUUGCGAGUACUAGCUCAGGAAGGGGUUGAUUUAAUUGACAAUGACCAGAAGGAUUGCGAGCGACCGUGA